AUUAUUCCUGUUCGUUAAGAAAUAGAAAAAAAAACAAGCUCUAUGAUACGUAUCCGAGUCAUGGGCAACUUCGACCCUGUCUAGUCUCGACCAUGAACUCUGGUCAUGAUCUCGCGUUAGAGCUUUCUCAUCCUGCACGCAGCAGAGCUGAGGAAAAGGGGAAGGAUACCUCGUCACGAGAUGACAAGGGCCAAUGCUGCUUGUCUGCCUCGAGAAAUUAUUCUACCUACUUUUUUACUAGUGAACUGUGGAAAAUCGAGAAAAGAACUGCUUGUCGGUCUCAUUACCGACACCAAACUCUCCGAAAACAACUUCGAUGUCAUCGGAUCCCAGUUUAUAGUACUAUAGUACUGAGCAAGUACUCAGUAUUGCAGCAGUGGAGUCAUCGCUCGCGAUCUAAACAAUUACUCUCGAGAGUUGAUGCAGGGAAUCAUUCUCCACGAUGGCUCACCGAUCGUUCACAUGGACCACCACCCAUGCUCCCUCAGCCCCAUCAAGAUCCCAAGCGGAUUCCCUAAGUCAGGAUGCAGAUCCACGGAACCACGGCCGGGACGAGUCAGCUUUAUCGAGAUCAGCAAAUGAUGGGUUCGACUCCGACCACGAAUUCAGGCACGAAGCGGAGAAGGGGAAACAUUUAUACCAUGAUGAGCAUUUUUCCUUCCUGUUCCGUCGCCAUCCACGAUGCGUGGGCACUUGCGGGUUCGCGCUCCAGACGAUCUGCCUACGAUCAUUAUUUUCAUAGAUGUGUUGAUUGCUAGCUACGAUUCAUAGCCUUUGAAUUCUGCAUCGAUGGCUUGAAUCAAAUCCGAUCAGUCGAUCAGUGAUCAGAAGGAGUUCACAG